GCCAUUUAAAAAAAAUGAUUUGACAGGAGUCAAUAAAUGGAUAAGUGAGUUUUAAAUAGAAAAGAACAUAAUUUGUCGAGGGUGGCUGCUAGAAAGACAGAGAAUAUGUCGCUCGUUGCGCCUAGGAGGGUCCAGCUGGCCUGGACGCACACUAUACCAUGGGAGCAAGAGCCGACGUGCGAGAGAGAGUCCUCUUUCAAGCAGCAAGCUCCACAUCAGUCCAACAGAUCUGAAUCAUCGUCGUCAUCGGCCGACACCGCGUCGCAGGGCUCGGUCUCCGCCCCCGCGCCCCCGCCACCGACCGCGCGCCGACAUGAGCCCGCGAGGGAGGAGCGGCGCACGGAGGCCGCAAACGUUCCGUGGGCCCAGCCAAAUCCAUUACUAAGGUCCCGAACCCUCCCGAACUUCGGCGGCAACCGACGCAGCGAGGCGUCGCGCUGCGACACCAGCCGGCGCGCGCACCACAUCACCAUGGCCACCGAGGACUUAUUGCAGCCGGGACACGUCGUUAAGGAGCGAUGGAAGGUGGUAAAGAAAAUUGGCGGCGGAGGCUUUGGAGAGAUCUACGAAGGUCUGGACCUGGUGACUCAGGAGCAGGUGGCUCUGAAGGUCGAGUCCGCGAGGCAGCCCAAACAGGUGCUCAAGAUGGAAGUGGCUGUACUCAAAAAACUUCAAGGCAAAGAACACGUGUGUCGCUUCAUAGGCUGCGGUCGAAACGCGCGAUUCAAUUACGUAGUAAUGCAAUUGCAAGGCAGGAAUUUAGCUGAACUGAGGAGAGCGCAGCCGCGUGGCGCCUUCUCGCUCUCUACUACACUUAGAUUGGGCCUGCAAAUACUCAAAGCUAUAGACUCCAUACAUUCUGUUGGCUUCCUGCAUAGAGACAUCAAACCUAGCAACUUCAGCAUAGGCCGACAUCCAUCGAACUGCCGCAAGGUAUACAUGCUGGACUUCGGGCUGGCGAGGCAGUACACCACCAGCAACGGGCAGGUGCGACCGCCGCGUGCCGCUGCCGGCUUUAGAGGCACGGUUCGUUACGCGUCAAUCAACGCGCACAAGAACAAGGAAAUGGGUCGCCAUGACGACCUGUGGUCGCUCUUCUACAUGCUCGUCGAGUUCGUCAAUGGCCAACUGCCCUGGAGGAAGAUCAAGGACAAGGAACAGGUCGGACUCAUGAAAGAGAAAUACGACCACCGUCUCCUCCUCAAGCAUCUGCCUUCGGAGUUACGCCAAUUCCUCGAACACGUCCAGAGUCUUGAAUACGCCGAUACGCCGGAUUACGCCAUGCUGACGUCACUGCUCGAGCGGUGUUGCAAACGACGCGGGAUAAGGGACUCUGACCCAUACGACUGGGAGAAAGACGCGGUUAACGUAUCCCGCACGCGUACAACACAUGCCGAGCCAGUACCACCGCCGGAUUCACUCCCGGACCAUGCCCGCCGCCGCCUGGAGGCUGAGGGCACCACGGCGCUGGGCACGGAGCCGUCCACUAACGCUAAGGCGCCCGACAAGCGGCCUGCGCCCGCCUCGCCGCGCCAUCUUGCACAGCCGCAUCUCAACGGAUACUCCACGACGACGGACCAGCCCACGAAGGACGCACCGGCCGAGGCCGCAACAAGGACGACUCCCGCGCCAUCGCCGGACAGACAUGCCAAGGAAACAAGCACGUCUGUGGUCACGGGCACGACGGCGAACCGACCGGAACGGCAGAGUGUGCCGCCCUGCAAGCCGCGUGCGCCUGCGCCUGGAUCAAAUAAUGUUACCCCUUUAUUAAAGAUAAUAUUUUCUAUUACAAAGGCGUCUCACCCGCAGUCGCCCGAACACCGUGGCAACCGCCAGAGUGCCGUCUCUUCCUCUUCGAACGCGCCCAGAACUCAACUACCUCACACCCACUCGGCCACUCAACAGACCCAACAGACUCAACAGACCCAACAAAUUCAACUAAGCCAACAGACCCAGAUACAAGCGGAAAAGGAACCGGUGCCACAGCCACCAAAAUCCCCAACCGAACCGGCGGCGAGGCCUCCACCCUCAAAGGCCAGGACCUGCCUGCACAUCCCCGGCAUCGACGCCUACCCCCGGCUGCAGCCUGUGCUGCCGCGCUGCUGGACGCUGCCUGCUAUUGGUUCCCACGUCCGCUCCCUCCGCCCCCCGCUCCUGCAACAAGCGUCGUUCGACGGCGCCGACGGCAGCGCUCUGCGGUACCGCGUCGACGUGAUGAGAGGCGUCGCGGCGAGGCAUGAGACCUCGCCCACGCCGGGGCCGCAGAGAGCUAACAGUUUGCCUAGCCUGUCGAGUUCGAGCGCCAGCGCGGGCAAGGCGCCCCCCUCGGCCCCCUCGGCCCCCCAGGCCCCCGCCACCCCCGCACCCCCCUCGUGCGCCACGGUCUCCAGCCGGCUGGAGAUCCGCGUGCGGGCACCCUCGGCCGCAGAACCCGGCCAUUCCGGCAUCGAUCAAGUUAAAAUCUCCCACUCGGUGGUGAGUGGCGGUGAGCCAAUAAGAAACCACGAAGACGCGUCUAUUUAUUACGACGCGACCGAGCACCAAAGGGACAAACGGUCCUUAACACGCAGUAACGAGAAAAGCCAAAGUCCAGCUGUUGAACGAACACGGUUGGACACUAUACCUGAUAGAAGCAGUCCAGUAAACAAACGUGAGUCUCCGAGCGGCGCUGGCGACGGUUCUCAAAGUUUAAAAGACCGGUCCGUGGGCGGCGCGCUGUCGCGCAUCCCCGUGGCGCUGUGCGAGAACCGCCUGGCCAAGUGCGCCUCCUGGAGCGGCGACGGGCCGCUGGCGCCCGUCGUGGCCGACCUCACGCCCGCUUUAAGGCGUCGGCGGCAAAACGCGUCGGACAAAUACGCCGUGGAUCCUACCCGGGAACUGAACCUGCGCUUCGCACGGCCCAGGCACCGCCAGCCUCCGCAACACCACUCCAGGAGCGGGUCGCGCGGGGUGCCGGCGCUGCUGAUGUCGUCGCCGCCGCUGUCGGGCGCGUCUGGCGGGUCGUCGUCGUCGGGCUCCCCGCCCCCCGCGCCGCCCGCGCCGCCCGAGCCCUCCUCGGCGAGCCACAACGCCGCGCGCGCACGCCGCUUCCGCCCCUUGAGCAUAGCUCCAUAGGAGCAGGAGCAGGAGGACUGGGAGGUGAAUAAGAACACAAGGAACACAUUCUAAAGUAUAAAACAAACGUAUGUAAAUAACAUACAUAAUAUACUUACGCCUUAUGUACGUUACAUAAUUUAUAUAAGAACGUCAGCACGUGCCGCUGCUGGUCACGGAACACUUAGUCUUAUGUAAAUUAUUUUACCCAAAAAGUUUUAGUCAAUAGUACUGCUUUUUUUUCUAAUUUUUCUUUAUAUUUUUUCUAUUUCUGAAACUUCAGUUCCACUGCUGGACACGGAUGUUCUUUUUGUUCACUUUUAUGUAUUCUUUAUCUAGAGUGUACAUUUUUCGUAAAUCUGUAAAAAUGACACUAAAUCUGUCGUAAGAACAAAAAACAGUAUUUUGACUAAAAUAAAUUAAUAAAUAACCAUUGUGAUUCUUAAUGGGGAACCUCAUAAAGCUAUUUCAAACCUUAUUUCUUGUUAAUAAGGACGAUAAUAGCGUAUCGUUUGUUAAUAACACGGAUCUAAAAGUUUACUAGAAGCGGUAAUAGCUUUACUAAGCAAUUACUGUCAAUUGCGUGUAUAAUCUGUGUCAAACGGAUGGCGUCUAUAGUUUCUGCCUACACCAAUGGGAGGCAGAUGUGAUAAUACGUGUUUAAAAAAGAUUUUUUUUGCAAAACCUAAUUACAGAAACAGCAGUUGUUCUAUGGUUAGGUAGUACCUACGUCCGGUACAUUUAUUGCUUUAAAAAUAAUAUUAUCAAUUUGAUUUUUCAAGCCUUUCGGAUGGACUUUGUUCUUUAGGGAAGAGCUAUAAUCCUUCUAGUAAUUUAAGAUCCGUGUAAAAUAUCAUAUUUUGUACCUUAUGCCAUGGGUUUAAGGUCUAUGUUUAAUAUGAAUAAGAUCUCCGUAGAUAGAACUUGCCAUGAAAGCUUAUAAGUACGCCGCGGAGUGAUCGGAAUAGAGCGUAGUUUGGUCAUAUCUUGUCAAUGUGCCAUACAGUUGCAUAACGAAAGAUAGCCUGGUUUUUUUUUUUAACGAUAUCAAGUGACGGAACGAACGAGCGAUACGUCUGUCAAUAGCAGUUGCAGAGCCACUCAGAGCUUUUAAUCGCAAAGAUCUAAGAAGCAUGCAUGCAUGUAAUUUCAUCAACACCCUAUCAAACUUCCGGAAGCAGAUAUAGAUGAAUUGGCAAUAGUUUUACAAAGAGCUCUACUGCUGCUGGUAGCAAUAAUAUUUCAGUUUUUCUAGCUCAGUGUUGCCAAUUAAACCCCUAAUUAGUAGAAACAGUGGUUAAAACAUUUAAUUUGUAUGAAAACUAUUCUGCCAAAUCAUUACGGUGACAACUGCGCUCCGAUUGGCCAUUGCUGUAAUGGAUUUAAAUUGAAAAAUUACAUAAUUGAAUUACCGAUGAAAU